AGUCAGAAUCACAGCCCUGUAGCCUCAAUAUUUUCUGUAUGUAAAAAGCGUUUUAAAGGCUGGGAGAGAAGCAGCAGCAUGCAGCGGAGCGCAGUGGUCGUGGUGGCGGAUAAAACGAGCCUGAAAAGGCCGUUUAUUUUUGCAAACGCUGUGCAUAUGGCGCUGUGCUUCUUCAUGUUGACAAUGACAGUAGCUUGGCACAGAGACCUCAUACAAACCGGCAAACUGGUGUCCAGUGUUUCUGUGGUGAUAAUGUACGUUGUAGAGAUCAGCUGCCUGCUGCUCUCAGUGCUCGGUGUGGUCGGGGCCUGUAAAGGAAAGAGAUGGUGUUUGAUUCUGUAUGCAACUGGGAUGGCUGCAGCCAGUCAAACAAUAAUUAUUCGAACGGCACUAAGUUACCAAGAUGUAUAUGAGAAACGUGUGCUCCGUGAGGAGUCCAAGCUGCUCUCCAUGAUGCCGCUCAGUGGAACCAGCAAAGCCAACAGAACCCUGCUGUAUAGCAUUCAACAAGAAUUUGAGUGCUGUGGUCUUAUCGAAGGCUAUAAAGAUUGGGGCGCUUCCAUUCCUCCCUCUUGUAACUGUCACUAUCCGGGAAAAUGCAUUCGACUACGGGGCAGUGCCACACUCGGAGCUCCAAAGAACCAGUAUGUUUAUCAAGAGCCUUGCCUGCCAAUUUAUGUUUCUGAACUGAAGCUUGCAUUCUCUUUGGCGAUGGCUGUACAGUUUGGAAGUGGAGUGUUUUGGGGGGUUCUGCUGGUGAUGAGCAUCAAGCUGAUGGGCCAGAUCAAAAGGAAACAGGAGUUCAUGGCUCUUCUCCAAUCAAACAGAUACGUUCCUGGUGCCUUCUAGUCACCUAGUAUGUUUUGAUACACACUUCAAAUUACUGUAUUAUCAAGCAUAACUUAUUUGUAUUUGCACAUGUAAACACAUUAAGCGGUAUACCAUAACCCAGCUAUUUGUGCUAUAGCAACAUAUGUUGACAUUAUAAUUUUCUGUUGAUGCAUGUGACUGAUAUUUAAAAGAAAUGCACAUGCAUAGAUCAAUUUAUUUUUUUGCCUUACUGCUGUAAAAAAACAUUGCAAUUUAAUGACAUUAACUGUCUUUAAUAAUCAGCACAUUUUCUUUGUCAUAUCUCUGAAAUUAUGUUCCAAAUGGAUAUGGCACCAAGCAUUAACCAACCAUCUGUUUUAUUUGAGUAGCUGGAGUUAAUCCAGGCAUUUUCUUAUUUACAGCAAGUGUCUGAAUAUUAUUCAAUAUUAUUUAUCUCCAUUUUGUCAUACCUGAAUACAUCACUAAGUCUUUGGGAUGACAGAUAUUAAUGGAACUCCAUCUACUGUAGCAAAAACUUCAAUUUAUCAACUGGACCAACUUCUUUUCAACACACAUAUUUAAACAUUCGUACUUGUCGUAAGCUCACUUAUUGAAUUUUCAGCAUUAGAGCAACCAAUAAUCUUUGAGCAAAUAAUAAUAUUAAUA